AAGCCAGUGGCUCUGCGGCUCUGCGCAGACCUGAUAGAAGCUCCCCGUAACCGCCCACUGAGUUUCUCGCUUAAUUAGUCAUUUUUGUAUAACUGUAAACAGGCAUUCCGGCCGAGGGUGGGCUGUAGUUAGCUGGGUUUUCUAACCGCCUCGGGUUUUGCUGCUUUGUCGCUGUUGUCACUAGCCGUGGGUCCCCGCCUCGGCGCUUUUGCGGGUUAUUUGACAGUAGAGCCCGGCUCAGCUCAGCGGCAUCUUUGCUCAAGCUGCGUCACACCGUAUUACAAGUGUUUUUUGUUUUCGUUUUGCUUUUUAGCCGCGUUAUAUAAAACAGGGUUGCCAACUUUGGUCAGCUGGCUGGAGUGAGAUUUUCAAUUGGAGACUAGUCUGCACACGCAUUUACAUGUGGAGUUUCAAUCUUUAUGUGCAAAGUCUGCAACUUAUUCUCUCCUAGCAAAGCAAAGUUGCUCACUCACGUGUCUGAGAAACACAGCCUCGAUGGGCUCGACUCUGAUGACAUCAUUGUCCCUCUCAGGCCUUUAGCAGCGGGUCAGGCAGAGAAGAGCGGAGAGUUCCCUGUUAAGAGGAAACGAGGCAGGCCAAAGGGAUCAACAAAGAAGGUUUGUUCAGAUGUCGUGCAAGACAACCCCUCCGGUCAAAAACCAUCCCCUGAGGUCCAGACACGGAUUGCGGAAGAGCAGGAGAAUGAAGUCACUGGUUCCCUGGACUGCAAGAAGUGUAAUCGUAAAUUCUGCAACAAGCGGCAGAUUACAAAACACAUCUGCAUCAUAGGACUUAAAGAAGAGGGUGAUGAAGAGGAUGGCACUGUUAAUGACCCUGCGGUCAAGUUGCCAGCAGAGGGGAGGGAAGAAGAGAGAGAGAGGCUUCCAAAGAGAAGCCGGACCGGUCGGCCGGAGAAAAUCUGCAGUGUUAAAGACCUGGAGCAAGGGGGCGCCACCAAAAACCCCAUCAUCAGUGUUGUUCUUACGGCCCACGAGGCAAUUCCAGGUGCCACCAAGAUUGUUCCCAUUGAAGCCUCACCAGCAGAGCCUGCCCCUACCACUGAGCCAGAAGCUAGUAGUGAGGCAGCCGGACAGAAGAGAGGCUACCAGGAAUAUGCAAUACAGCAAGCGGCUUAUGAAGUACCCCUGAAGUCAAACAGGCUUGGGCAGACCCAGUUGAAGAUCUUUACCUGUGAGUACUGCAACAAGGUUUUCAAGUUCAAGCACUCUCUGCAAGCCCACCUGAGAAUCCACACCAAUGAGAAGCCAUUCAAGUGCCUACAAUGUGACUAUGCCAGUGCUAUUAAGGCCAACCUCAGUGUCCACAUGCGCAAACACACUGGGGAGAAGUUCAGUUGUGAGUACUGCUCCUUUAACUGCCUUAGCAAGGGUCACCUGAAGGUCCACGUGGAAAGAGUGCACAAGAAGGUGAAGCAGCACUGUCGCUUCUGUAAGAAGAAGUAUUCCGACGUCAAGAACCUGCUCAAACAUAUACGUGAAAGCCAUGAUAUGGAGGAUAAGAAUGUGAAGGACUCCUAUGAGGAGUUUAGUCUCCAGACUCGGGAAGGCAAAAGGCAGCUGCUCUACGACUGCCAGAUAUGCGAUCGUAAGUUCAAGAACGAGCUGGACCGAGACCGUCACAUGAUGGUGCACGGGACCGAGAGGCCGUUCGGCUGUGAGCUCUGUGAUCACGGCUCUACUAAAUACCAAGCCCUGCAGGUGCAUAUCCGCAAACACCCGUUUGUCUACGUGUGCUCGUUGUGCCUGCAGAAGUUCGUCAGCUCCGUCCGCCUGAAGGCGCACCUCCGAGAUGCUCACCCUGACGCAGAGGAGGCCGCGGCCUUUGCCGAAUCCAUUAACCGCAGCUUCUGCCUGCUGGAACCUGGUAGCGAUAUUCAGAGAGAGACACUGAAGCAGGAGGAGCUGCAGAUCACAGAGGAGCUCUCUCUCCUCAACACGCAGCAGCACAUGCUGGUUCCCGAGCUGGGAUCUUCUGGGGAGGUGAUGCCUGUCCCAAGUGGUGGAGCAGUCAGCAUGGAGUCUCACAUCCUGAUGCAGAAUACGGGCUUUGUGGAAGUCAUGGAGAGUUUUCCGCAGGAAGUGUGUACCACACUGGUCUGUGAUAGUCAGGAGCCUAAGGAACACGCUAUGGAUGAGGGGACCUCAGAGGCUGCCGCAGAGAAGGUGUCACACGAGGAUGGCCGACGUGAAAACGGUGUGAGUUACACCGAGGCAGAUUCUUCAGUAGCAUCUUUAGGGAAAUCAUCUGACGUUCAGCAUCCUGAUGUUGAAAAAGACAAGGCUGCUGCGUCAGAUCCUCAGGUGAACGUCGAACUGGUCCAGGUCAUGGAGUCCGCACCUCGGACACGUGUUUCAAAUGGAGAGGUGGACGUGAGCUCAGCACCACAAGAGGAAAGAACGGCAUUUAGGCAAAUUAUAGACGGCAUGCAGAAACGGCAGCUGAACAUGGAGGUCUUCGAGAGGAUCAGAAAAGUGUAUGGAGACCUUGAGUGUGAAUACUGUGGUAAGCUGUUCUGGUACCAGGUGCAUUACAACAUGCAUGUGCGCACACACACCCGCGAGCACCUGCACUACUGCUCCCAGUGCAGCUACUCGUCCAUCACUAAGAACUGCUUGAAGCGCCACGUCAUCCAGAGGCACAGCAACGUGUCGCUGCGGUGCCCCACCGAGGGCUGUCAGUACUGCACGCCCGACAAGUACAAGCUACAGGCACACCUGAAGAUCCACGCGGACACGGACAAGAAGAACUAUGUUUGUCCUGUCUGUGAACAGUCUUUCUCUGAAGAUAGACUCAUUAAAGCCCAUAUCAAAACCUUCCAUCCUGAUGUCCCCAUGAGCACCAUCUCUGAAGUCCUGGGGAGGCGGGUACAGCUGAAGGGGCUGAUCGGAAAGAGGGCGUCCAAGUGCCCUUACUGCGACUGUUACUUCAUGAGGAACGGCACCGACCUGCAGCAGCACAUCUGGGCUCAUGAAGGGAUAAAGCCGUACAAAUGUUUACUGUGUGAAUACGCCACGCGCAGCAAAAGUAACCUGAAAGCGCACAUGAACCGGCACAGCACGGAGAAGACACACCUCUGCGACAUGUGCGGCAAGAAGUUCAAGUCCAAGUGCACCCUCAAGAGUCACAAGCUGAUGCAUACGGCGGACGGAAGGCAGUUUAAAUGCACCGAGUGCGACUACACGGCUGUCCAGCAGCCACAGCUGCUGCGCCACAUGGAGCAGCACGCCGCCUUCAAGCCCUUCCGCUGUGCCCAUUGUCACUACUCCUGCAACAUGUCGGGCUCCUUGAAGAGACACUACAACAAAAAGCACCCCGAUGAGCAGUACUGCAACGUGGAACCUGAGACGCCGGCCGCGGACGUGGUGAUACAGCAGGGAGGAGUGAACUGCCCAGUGUGUAACUAUGUGUAUGGUACUAAGUGGGAGAUGAACAGGCACCUGAAGAACAAGCACGGCCUCAAGCUAGUGGAGAAUGACACCAUCGGGGUGAACCAGUGGGAGGUGGGUGAGUCACUGAAGGAGACCCCUACUCAGUACCUCCACAUCACAGAGACGGAGGACCUUCAGGGGACAGAAGCUGCGGUAUCUGCCCUCCAGGAUCUGAGAUACAACGCAGACAAUGCUGUUGUAUCCACCACCUCAGGCGAAAGCCUGGACCCCACAGCAGUCAACAUCCUCCAGCAGAUCAUUGAGCUUGGCUCCGAGAAUCCUGACAGUACCGUCGCGUCUGUUGUUGCCAUGGCUCCCGGCACAGUUACAGUGGUAGAGCAGGUAGCAGAAGAGGAGCAACAGACUAACCACACAGUGAUGAUCCAGGAUGCCUUACAGCAAGCCUCUGUUGGGCUGGGGGAUGAGCACCACUUGGUUGUGUCUUCCGAUGACAUGGAGGGCAUCGAGACUGUUACGGUGUACACACAAGGGGAGGAUGCCUCACAGUUCAUCGUCUACGUCCAGGAGGCUGUCCGCGCUGAGGAGCAGACAGUAGAGGCGGUCUAGGUCUUGCCAUGGAUGGGGACAGGCCUGACCCUGAUUUGUCCCCAAUCUUCCAUGAGUAGUGUCACUUGUUUCCAGGUAUCUCCAGGUAUGCAUAUACUCAGUUUGAAACUUUCAGCUACGUCCUGUGUCACAGAAUGUUACUUUUGACCCUUAUACCACACACUGCAUUAUUACAACUUAAUUCGUUUUCCUGUUGCAAAAUCAUGCAAGAAUAGGUUAUGGUUUCUUCUGACAUUUUUAAGUGUUUUUAGAAUGGUGUCUUUGUCAAAAACUAUUUAGGAUUCAUUUUAUAGUUGCAUACAAAUAUUACUACCAAUAGCUACUGGUUUGUGUUCUGAACGAUCAGGAAAACCACUAAAAAUGUUUCUCUUAGGUGAAACUCUUAAAAGUAUCCGAAAUGUCAAUUAAGCAUUGAGAAAAAUAUGAGACUUACAUCUUGCAACAAAUUCUUGCAUUGUUUGAAAUUUUCAAAAAUUUACAUAUUGAAAAUCACGCAUAAACGUUACGCACAAUCUGCGAACUUUGUUCGGAAUAUGGUAUAUAGUCAGAGUUGACAUGCAAAACUAAAUAUACCACAGCAGUAUUCUGGCCUGUGUCUAAUAAGGUCUUGUAUAAGAUUAUGAAAAUACUUAAAUUUGUAACUACUUCAAUGACACUAUAAUGGAAAGUAAAAUAAAAUCACGUCUGUUCAUAGACAAAUUCUAUAUC